UAAGGUCAUUUGAGGUCACGGCUCGCAGGCAAAUCGCGGCAGUUUGUCAAUCUACGGGCUGAUGGCUGAUGGUCCGAUCAUUGCCUUGCCUGACCAUAAAAAUGGCGCACAUAUUGAGGUCCAAGUUCGUGCACCUGUCAUUGAAGUACGCUAAUCCCAUAGCGCUUCGCGUCCCUGUACCCUUAAAGUAUCAACGAUUAUGUUUUCACACCAGCACUAUUCUCGAUGUAAUGGGAAAAAAAUUGUCGAUGCCAUCAUUAUCACCUACUAUGGAAAGUGGCACCAUAGUGAAAUGGUUAAAAAAGGAAGGUGAUAAGAUUGAGCCUGGCGACGCUAUUGCGGAAAUUCAGACUGACAAAGCCAUUGUCACAAUGGAAUUUGACGAUGAAGGUGUGAUGGCGAAGAUAAUCGUGCCUGAAGGAACAAAAGAUAUUAAAGUAGGAACUAUGAUAGCUCUCACUGUGGAGGCUGAUGAAGAUUGGAAAACGGUAGAAAUACCAGCUGGUCUAGCAGAAGCUUCUUCAGCAGCACCAUCCUCUACUGAGGCAAGCCCGCCUGUUACGAAAGCUGAACCACCACCCGGCCAACAAAACAUUGCCAUGCCUGCCUUGUCGCCAACUAUGACAACAGGUACAAUUGUAAAGUGGCUGAAGCAGGAAGGUGAUGAAAUACAGCCGGGUGAUGCAUUAGCAGACAUACAGACAGACAAAGCCGUCAUGUCCUUUGAAUUGGAGGAAGAAGGAGUACUCGCAAAAAUUCUUAUUCCAGAAGGAUCUCAAGUACAAAUUGGACAGUUGAUAGCUGUUGUGGUUGAAAAAGGAAUGGACUGGAAACAAGCUGUUAUCCCGACAUCAACUGAAUCAGCAACACCUGCAACAAGUCCUACUAAACCAACCGCACCAGCUGAUGCAAAACCACCUUCAAGUGAGCAAGUGUAUGGUUUAGCGGUAAAGAGAUUAUUGGAAGAAUAUGGCCUGAGUUCUGGAAUAAUCAAGGGCACUGGACGUACGAAUCGUUUAUUGAAGAGCGAUGUUUUGACGUACAUUCAGAUACACGAUGUUAAAAAAGUUACGCCUAAAUCUGCACCUCCUCCAGAAGCUGUUAAAGCGCCAAGUUUAGAAGAGGUAUCUGUUCCAUCUGGCCGACCGUCUCCAUACGAAGAUAUUGAAAUAUCCAACAUUCGUGCUGUUAUCGCUAAACGACUUGGAGAAUCGAAGGGGACUAUACCACACUCUUACGCAGUUAUGGAUAUAAACAUCGACAAAUUACUCGAGCUUCGUGGAAAGUUAAAGACGGAGGAUAUAAAUGUGUCAGUUAACGACUUUGUUACCAAGGCUGUGGCUCAUGCACUUGUUGAAUGUCCUGAUAUAAAUACGUUGUAUCAAAAUGGACAGGUUGUACGAGUUCCAAAAGUGGAUGUGUCUGUAGCAGUUGCGACAAAAAAUGGUCUAAUUACUCCAAUAGUAUUCGAUACUGCCACUAAAAGCUUAACGGAUAUUUCUAAAAAUAUUCGAGAAUUAGCCGAAAAAGCGAGGAAGGGACAGCUCAAACCACACGAGUUCCAAGGAGGAACAUUUACAAUUUCGAAUUUGGGAAUGUUCGGCAUCAAAGAGUUUUCCGCUAUUAUAAAUCCUCCACAAACUGCUAUUCUUGCUGUAGGCGCGGGACGCGAAGAACUGGAUUCCUCGUUAAUGAAGAUAACGAAAAUGUCAGUAAAGCUAUCGUACGAUAGACGAGCGAUUGACGAGGAUCAAGCGGCUAAUUUCUUGGCUAUUUUAAAAGCAACACUAGAGGAUCCAAUUUUUCUCGCAGCUGGCAGAAUACAAGCACUGAGGUACAAACGUGAUGCAUAUUAGUCAUUUCUAAAUAAUCUCUUGUUUAGAGUGUUUAUUGCAAAAACAGCUUUCUUGCAUCAAGAGAGUUAAAUAUUAUUGUUUUUGUAAUUAUAUGUUACUAUGUUU